CGGCCCGGGAACCUGAGCGCCUCCGCGGUCACCCCUGGUCCCCUUCGCGCCUGAGCGCAGCGCUGGGCGAGAGGGGUCGCGGUGCUCCGUGGGUGGAUCCGCGGCGCCCCGUGGGUGGAGCGGGCGGCCGGGGCGGCGCUGAAGGGGCUGCGGGGCCGGGAACGCGCGCGCCGAGCCCGCCGGGGAAGGCGGGAGGGCGCGUGGGGCGCGAGGGGCGCGGGGCAGCAUGAGUCAGCAGCGGCCGGCGCGGAGACUGCCCAGCCUGCUGGUGGACCCGGCGCAGGAAACCGUGCGCCGCCGCUGCCGGGACCCCAUCAACGUGGAGACCCUACUGCCAUCAAAAAUAAGGAUUAAUCUAGAAGAAAACGUACAGUAUGUGUCCAUGAGAAAAGCUCUGAAAGUGAAGAGGCCCCGUUUUGAUGUGUCACUGGUGUACUUAACUCGAAAGUUUAUGGAUCUUGUCAGAUCUGCCCCUGGGGGCAUCCUUGACUUAAACAAGGUUGCCACAAAACUGGGAGUCCGGAAAAGGCGUGUGUACGACAUCACCAACGUCUUGGAUGGCAUCGAGCUUGUGGAAAAGAAAUCCAAGAACCACAUACGGUGGAUAGGCUCUGACCUGAACAACUUUGGAGCCGUACCCCAGCAGAAGAAGCUGCAGGCCGAGCUCUCUGACCUGUCGGCGAUGGAAGACGCCUUGGAUGAGUUGAUUAAAGAUUGUGCUCAGCAACUGUUGGAGUUAACAGAUGACAAAGAAAAUGAAAGACUAGCGUACGUGACCUAUCAAGAUAUCCACAGCAUUCAAGCUUUCCACGAACAGAUUGUCAUUGCAGUGAAGGCUCCAGAGGAAACCAGACUGGAUGUUCCGGCUCCCAGAGAAGAUUCUAUCACAGUGCAUAUCAGGAGCACCAAAGGACCCAUUGAUGUCUAUCUGUGCGAAGUAGAACAGAACCACUCAAGUGGUAAAAUGACCGAUGGAAUAGGAGCCUCUCCAUCUAAAAGUAGACAUCCGGAAUGCCCAGAGAAAGAAGACAAGCCUCCUCAGUGAGGUGAGAGGAACUACUCAGAGGGAGUGGCUGACAGCACUGCAAAGUGAUGAAGGCUUUUGGAGCAUCCUGCGUAGAUGAAUUAUGUACCGAUUUGAUCCUCAGCAAUAAGUCUCCGUGGAGUGCUCUUGUUCUCAUUCUAAGUCCGUAGCAGCGUUGAAGGCCAGUAGUGUUCUCUAGUAGCUUCCUGCUUCAGUUCCUGGAUGGUUUCCACAUUCAAAAAAAGCGCUUUCGAUAAUCCUUCACUGCCUUUUGUCAGUGAAAUGGACCUCUUGCCUUCUGAAAUAAUUUUAUCACAAAGAAUGUCACAAGAACAGACAUCUGGCCAGCUGGCCGUGGACUCCGCCCUGCCCUGAUGGAUGGUGUUAGUUGCCUUACAGUGGUUCACAUUUGCAGUGAGGUGCUGUGCGCUGGUGAGGCGCACACACGGGGCCAAAUGUGGCACCUUUGUAUAUAUCUGUAUCAUGUUUAGAUUGCUUAUGAAAUGUGUCUGAGUGACACUUCUACCCUAAACAGCCAAAAUAAUGUAUAUAGGGAAAAUGACAGACAACGCUCUACUUCCUCCGUACCCGUAACUUAUUAGAACCCUCUGAAUGGGGGUGAGAGGAGUUUUUUUUUAAAGUUUUAUGUGAAGAAGUUUCACAGAUGCCUGUACAUUUAGCUUCAUGUACUGAAAGUAUUUUAAUACGGUCCCCAGUGCUACAGUUGGAGUCAGCUACUUCUUGAUUCUAAGCUGCCUACAGAGUCGUAUGUCCCCGUAGAUUGGUGGCAUGCCUCAAGGCACUGGGGGAAACUACAGAAAUGCCGUCUGGCAGUGGAUCAGUUCACCACAACGUGAAUUUGGUCAUGGUGAAAUUAAAAGCAUUAUUAUGCUUCUUGUGAGCAGAUCUCACAAUGUGUUUCUGCGUGCAGCCUUGCUCCUCCACAGAGGGGCUUACCUCCCGUGCAUUGUACCCUGCCCACACUCAACUCUCGUCCCGCCUUCCCAAGCACCCAGCUAUUUCUACCUCAGUGGGUAAGUCAUUUACCUCUCUGUGCCUCAGUUUACUCAGUAAUCUUACCACUAGACUGUGAGCUCCGCAAGAGACCUUUUUCAUAGUUGUGCUCAGUACCGUGCACCACGCCUAGUCCAGAACAAGUGCCCAAUAAAUGUCUAGCAAACAGGUGAGCGGGCGAGUGCGGCGUGGGGCUGAUAGGACCUGGCUUGUUGUACAGGAGUCUGGGACGCAUCAUCAGUAUGUUAAAUCUCCCUUGCUUUACAAAAGAUUUGAAGCAACUUGAAAUAACAACUGUGUAUACAAAAAAAAAAAAAAAAGAUUUAAAAUAGGGAUCCAAAAUUAAAAUAUUUUAAAAAAAUAA